AUGUUUCGGCGUGUAGAAAACACCAUGAAGGCGGAUCCGUCGUUCCCUGCCGACCUCAAGCAACUUGGCUUCUUUAUCAACGACACAGGUCAUAUACGCAUGAUCGAUGCACCAGAUAAGGCUCAUACCUACAAUGCCACCAACAACGAGCGUGUCAACGAGCUCCGCUGUGAGGCUAUGCACGCUUGCCAGCGAAGGGAAGUCGAAGCACGACUAUCUCGCCUGGGAAUCAACCGCAUCUAUCUUCCACAGUACACUCUAGAGAAGCCCAACGGACCGAGCAUACCUAUCCUUGCUCCUGAUCCUGAGACGCUAAAGACACGCAAGCAAAUCAUUGUACUCAUCAACGACACUCAACAAGACCUAGGCAUCUUAUCAUACUCACAACUAUCUCGAGACCUCGGUAUCAACGGCGGAUCUGUCAUCAACUUCGCCAAGCAGAUGAUCAAGCGCUCCUGUGCAAACAACACUGACGAACAAACCGCCACCAUCUUCAAAGACAACUACGAGCUCGAAGACAAAAGCACCGCACCCAGCCUGCUCAUCCUAAACACAUCCCAACUCCUCUACUCCCACAAACACAAGCAAGCCAUGACUCUCCGCAGCUGGUCCGCCAUGCCACGCAAAUCCAUCGCCCACGACAUGAUCCGCAUCCACUCUUCCAACUCCCUCGCGGGCCACCUCACCCCAAAAGACCACAUCAAAACCAUCUUCGACGAGCUCCUGUACAACCCAUCUCGCAUCGCCGCCGACGCCGAACUCUGCAUCAUCGGAAUAGAAAAUAGCACCGAGGCCCUCCUCUCCAUCCUCGCCGAAGAUUUUGAAAAAUACAGCCCCCGUAUCACGGCCAUAGCCCUCCUCCACUGCACCCUCGACGCCUCGCAAAUCACACAUGCAGGCCUCCGCACUUUCCUGCAUCAGCGCGCGCGCCAGUGGCGAUUCAACGAUGCCACGACUAACCCGCUGCACUGCACUGAUAUGCCCAAACUGCACCACGGUCACGCUGUCGGGGAAAACGAUGAGAUAGAGGUAGGACGGGCUUCUGGCACUCAAGUCCCGUGUCCUACGUUCGCGGGCGGUGAUGGUGCGCUGGGGGAAGAUGUGUUUAUUGAUGCUGCGGUGCAAGAUGCGGUGCUAGCUUUCUUUGAAGAGGCAAGAAACCGAGGUGCGGUUUUGGGUGAGAAGAUGAGUGAGGGUCGUGGUUGGAAGCCACAGGUUGAAGGGCCGCAGGUGGCUUUUGCGGGGACGAUGGUGGAUAGUGAGUUACUCAAGGCGGCGGGAUUGAUGGAGUGA